CGCGGCUCCCCCCACCAGCCGCUUGGAGAUGCUGUACAGCACCCUGCUGCGUUUCCUCCGCAACAGAGAUAGCCCGGUGUGCCGAGAGAUGGCGGUGGUCCUACUGGCCGCCUUGGCACAGGGGGACAGCCUGGCAGCGAGGGCGAUUGCCUCGCAGGAGAGGAGCGUUGGUGACUUGCUGGGCUUCUUGGAGGACGGCCUGGCCGCCGCGCGGUGCCAGCAGAGCCAGGCCGGCCCGGUGCCCGAGCAGAACGCGCCCUGCGAGCCGCCGAGCGUGGACAUGAUGCACCGAGCGGCUCGGGCGCUGCUCACCCUGGCUGAGGUGGGCGAGAGCUGCUCGCAGUUCACGCUGCACGAGUCGCGGCUGUUGGACAUCUCCGUGUCACCUGCGGUGGAUUCCUUGGUCUCCCAGGUUAUCUGCGACGUGCUGUUCUUCAUUGCCCGGCCCUGACAGCUGCGGGGUGCAGCUCACCCUGUGAGCGUGCGUGAGCGGAGAACUGAGAAGCCGACGGUUGCCCUUUAUUUAUGCACAGCCACCUCGGGAAUCCGCUGCCUGCCCUGCGCUGUCCUGCUUCUCUCUUGGAGGAUGAUGUCCCCAUUUCCUUUCCCCUUCUCCUUCAAAUUUCUUCAAAUUUGUCCCAAAUCCCUCAUUAAAAGACACAAAAUUCUUUCUA